CUAUUCUCUCUCAAAGAAGGCGGCUGUGUCUUAUAAACCUCAAUUUUCAGAUCUCCAUCUCUUCACAAUUCAAUCGAUCCGCGCGAUUUUCCGUCGCGUUUGACUCUUCUUCCCGCAGCGGCAGGCGUUGACAAUCGGUGAGUUGAAGGAAGAUGGGUGGUGGAUUUAGAGUCCUUCAUCUGGUUAGGCCGUUCCUUUCGUUUCUCCCUGAGGUGCAGAGUGCCGAUCGGAAAAUUCCGUUCAGAGAAAAGGUUAUUUAUACUGUCAUCGCUCUCUUCAUUUUCCUGGUAUGCAGCCAGCUUCCUCUGUAUGGGAUCCACUCAACGACCGGCGCAGAUCCAUUUUACUGGAUGCGUGUGAUUCUCGCUUCUAAUCGUGGUACUGUCAUGGAGCUUGGGAUUACCCCUAUCGUCACAUCCGGGAUGGUCAUGCAACUCCUGGUCGGGUCCAAGAUCAUCGAAGUCGACAACAAUGUGCGGGAGGAUCGUGCUCUCUUAAAUGGCGCACAGAAAUUGUUGGGCAUCCUGAUAGCCGUUGGUGAGGCAGUUGCUUAUGUUCUCUCAGGAAUGUACGGUAGCGUUAGCCAACUUGGCGUUGGAAAUGCUAUUCUUAUCAUAGUUCAGCUCUGCUUUGCUGGUAUCGUUGUCAUAUGCUUGGAUGAGCUUCUCCAGAAGGGAUAUGGUUUAGGAUCUGGAAUUUCCCUCUUCAUAGCAACUAACAUGUGUGAGAACAUUAUCUGGAAGGCAUUUAGUCCGACCACCAUUAACAGUGGAAGAGGAGCUGAAUUUGAAGGAGCUGUCAUUGCACUGUUCCAUCUGCUGAUUACUCGAACGGACAAGGUUCGUGCAUUGCGCGAAGCAUUCUAUCGGCAGAAUCUUCCAAACGUGACAAAUCUCCUUGCUACAGUUUUGAUCUUCUUGAUUGUCGUCUAUUUCCAAGGGUUCCGUGUGGUUUUGCCUGUGAGGUCAAAGAAUUCCCGUGGACAACAGGGUUCUUAUCCAAUUAAGCUUUUCUACACCUCCAACAUGCCAAUCAUUCUUCACUCUGCUCUCGUUUCCAACCUUUACUUUAUCUCUCAGUUGCUGUACAGGAAGUACAGUGGAAACUUUUUGGUGAAUCUUUUGGGUAUAUGGAAGGAAUCUGAGUAUUCAAAUGGUCAAUCCGUCCCUGUUGGUGGCCUAGCUUAUUACAUCACCCCACCAUCAAGCCUGGCUGAUAUGGCAGCCAAUCCUUUCCAUGCUUUGUUCUAUCUUGUCUUCAUGUUAUCUGCAUGUGCACUCUUCUCAAAAACUUGGAUUGAAGUUUCUGGAUCAUCUGCCAAAGAUGUGGCUAAGCAGUUGAAGGAACAACAAAUGGUUAUGCCUGGACACCGUGAAUCUAAUUUACAGAAGGAGUUGAACCGUUACAUACCCACAGCUGCAGCAUUUGGAGGAAUGUGCAUUGGGGCACUGACUGUGUUGGCUGAUUUCAUGGGAGCAAUCGGUUCAGGGACUGGAAUUCUACUUGCUGUGACAAUUAUUUAUCAGUACUUCGAGACCUUUGAGAAGGAGAAAGUCAGUGAACUGGGUCUGUUUGGUUUCUAAAACCUUUUCUUUGAAUUUAAUUUUUAAUACUUUUGUGGUGCCAAAGAGGUCCCCUGUCAAUUUUGGUGCCUUGGGAUUUUCGUAAGAGUCUUAUGUUAACAACACAUCUCAAGAUCUAAGGUCCAAGAACCAGGUAUAACUCUAUAGCUUUCUCUCUCACCGUAACAGCAGAUAAUAUCAUCUUGAGACUCUGAAUCUCCACGCCGUUUUUCUUUUGUGCUUCUACUGACAUGUUCAUUUUUUCAUAACAACAAGAUUUUAAAGAUAAAAGAACGAGUGAAACAUUGUGUUGGUAGGUCAGAUUAGGGGAGGAAGCUUUCUAUGUUCAUAGCCUGAUGUUCUGUCUUAAAACUUUGUAACCGUGGAUUAAUUCACAUUUUCUUGCUCUUCUUUGAUA